UUUAAUAAAAAGAAGAAAAUACAGCUUCAGGCAGGGCACUGGGCACGCAACCCAACAACGCAUUGCACAUUAGUCCACCAACUAACAACAACCGGGCCAAGGAGGAGGAGGACGACGAUAUCAUCCCUCUGAAUUAUCGAACGAAACGAAGAACAUCAUCAGGAUUUGAUAUUUCGGUUGAGCAUUAAAAGAAUCGUUUGUUUGUUUCUUCGCCUUCCAAUUCCAAUUCCAAUUCCAGUGUGAAGAAUUUGAAACAGACUAUAGUUUAUGAUGAACGGGACUCACAGUGUUGACAAAUGUUCUAGCUCAACUUCCUUGAGCAGCCAACAGGAUGUUGAGGAUGACUGCAUGAUUGCUGUUGUACUAUCAGAAGAGUAUGCUAAGUUAGAUGGUGCAGUUGCUAGGCGCCUUUCCAACCUGGCACCUGUUCCUCAUGUUCCACGGGUAAAUUCCUACAUCCCCAAUAUAACUGAUGCUGGUUUGGAUCACCAACGCCUUCUCCAGAGGUUACAUGUCCAUAGUUUAUAUGAAGUAAAGGUUUCUGGUGAUGGAAAUUGUCAGUUUCGUGCACUUUCAGACCAAAUGUACAAAUCUCCAGAGUAUCACAAACAUGUUCGAAAAGAGAUUGUGAGGCAGCUCAAAGACUAUCGUUCUUUGUAUGAAGGCUAUGUCCCUAUGAAGUACAAGCGCUAUCACAAGAAAAUGGCAAAAUCUGGUGAAUGGGGAGAUCAUGUUACCUUACAAGCAGCAGCUGACAAGUUUUCAGCAAAGAUUUGCCUUUUGACAUCAUUCAGAGAUACUUGCUUUAUUGAAAUUAUGCCUCAGUACCAGCCACCAAAACGUGAGUUGUGGCUGAGUUUUUGGUCCGAGGUUCAUUACAAUUCAUUAUAUGAAAUCCGAGAUGCUCCAAUUCAACAGAAACCAAGGAGGAAACACUGGUUGUUCUAGGCAUCUAGAACUCGGGAUGUUCACAGAUUUUAGUACUGUGCAUAAGUUCUCUAGAUGUUGCCUUUUUCAUUGUUUUUUCGAGUUUACAAUUUAAUUCAGUUAUACAGUUGCAUGCUUAUGUAUAUACAACACUAGAGUUUUGACGAUUACGGCUGUGCUGGAUGGUUGAGUGUUUCAAGAUUGUAUUAUUUGAAUUGCUCAAUUCUUUUGUAAGACCAGAGACGGAUGGAUUGUUCCUUUCAGUUUAAGGUAUUUAUCGAUUAUCGAUGUGAAAUUACUAAGAUGAAUUUUAUUAUAUAUUUUUUCGCCA